CUCGACCGCCCCAUCGCAGUGCCCAACCGAGACCGUCUACCGCCCCCACCGCUUCGCCAGGUAGCGCGGGAUGAGAGCUGCGCAGUGUAAACGGUUCAGAAGUAAGGAGAGUGGGUUUCUGGGAACGGUUGGUGUCGAUGCUGUUAGCUGGGUCAGACGUGGCGGCUGAUUGUCGUGUCUGUGCCACACUCUGCCGUGCCGAGCGUGAUUCGUCGGGACGGCUGUUCGUGAGGCUUCAUGUCGCAGGGGUGUGAAAGUGGGACAAAGUGGACGAAAUAAGCACGAGCUUCUGGGUUUUUCACACGAGGUACGCUGCCGACGCCCGGCAACACAGAAUGGCAAUGACGACCCGCUUCUCAUCAUUCAUUGUAAAUCAAAUUUCUCCGAGAGGAGACGGGCAUUUCGACGACGCACGUGCAAUUCCGGAAAUGCUCCGGAAUUCGCUUGACAUUCUUUGCAGAUCAAUCGCGCCGAUUUGCAUUGAUUGAGUUGUGAAUGAAAUAGUUCGGCGUGUGUGAACCAGUGGGGACGGAAACAUCAAAGUUUGGGUUAAAUGUCCACAGCUUGGGAGUGGUCCGUUCACUGGCGCCGCGGAGCGAGCGGCACCGGUGCGCGAGGCGGAGCCAACAGGUGGUGAGGCCGGUGCGGCCGGCGGGACCGGUGUGUUGUCAGUUCGCCGGCCACAGUUGUCAGGGUAACGGCGCUCCGUGCCGCGCGGCCAGUCCGUGAGUCAGCGCCAGCCAACUGGUGACGCUGGGCGCAGCGACCAGGUUUGGGUGUGAAUGGGAGACGAGUGUUUUGCAAAUCACCUGAACUGAAGCCUAGUGUCGAUAAGGAAAGCCUGUGCCAGAGCCGCAGCGCCGGUGAAUCGAGUCCAUCCUCUGCUAUGCAUCAGUGCCUGCCAUACAGCCGCGGCCGGCUCACCAAAAUGGCGCGGCCCGCUGCGUGCCACUAGUGUGGGGAGACGGUCGCCAGUCGAGAGGUGUGACGUGCAGUGCAAAGUGAUAAAAUGUCGUUCGCGCAGCGUGCAAAUUUCUACGACACGCACUGUUUGCGAUGUCGUCAAACGGUCUACCAAGUGGACAGGGUCGGCCCGCUCAAAGACUUUACGUUCUUCCAUUCGCAGUGCUUUAAAUGUGCAGUGUGCGGCACAAAACUUACCCUCAAGAACUAUUACAACAACCAAAACAGCCAGGUUGACAAGGAGGUGUACUGUCAAAGCCAUGUGCCCAAAAUCAACCCGGGUCAGAUCGACGGCAACGCCGUCGGCAUCCGAACGGCGCUCAACGUCCCCAAGUCACAGACCUACAUCAACGAGCAGAUUCGGGCCGGCGGCCGGGCCAACAUCGACAACGAGGCGAUGCUCAUCAAGUCUGUGCUGCACACGAGCGGCUCCCACCAGCAGGCGCCGCAGUCCAACGGGCACGGCAACACGUCCAGCAACCACAGCGACUACAAGUACGGCCGCUACGACGCCAGCGCGCUGCACAUCCAGCACGCGCUCAAGCAGACCGACCUGCAGAAGGGGUACCGACGCGAGGCGCGGCCCAUCACAGAGUUCCUGGAUCAAGCCGAACAAGAGGAACUGGAGAGGAUACAUCGAGAGGAGGAAGACCGACUUUACCUGAAAUUCGCCUCUCAAAGAGAACAAGAGGACCAACGGUUAAAAGAAGAAUUCAAGGAAGAAUGGGAGAAGGAGCUGGAGAAGCUGACGGCCAAGUUCGAGAAGGACAUGAGCAAACGAAGAAACAAAGACGAUGUCAAGGUUCUUACCGUCAAACACCUGAAGGAAAAGGAAGAAUUCGAAAAGAAUAUGACGAUAAAACGCGAGAAGAAAAAAGAAUCGAUGACAAGAAAACUUUUGGAGCACGAGAGGGCGGCCACGGCGGCGCUGGUCGACAAGCAGAGCAAGGAGAUGAUGUCGCUCAUCAACGAGCGCAAGAUCGAGCACCUGAUGACGCACCUGGGCGAGGAGCACGUGCAGGACGUGCCGGCCGAGCUGCACGAGUACCCGGCGCAGCCGCCGCCCCCCUCGCCGGCCACCGUCGGCAAAAUCGAGAUCUACGACGACCCGGAGGUGUUCAGCGAGGUCGACCAGCUGGCCAUUCAGGUGGCUCAAGAGGACCAGAAGACGUUCACCGACCUGAUCCGGCAGCUGCUCGGAAACUACGCCUCCGACGUCGAAAAGGCCCGUACCAUUUUCCGCUGGAUCACGGUGAAGAACCUGAACCAGAUGAACUUUGAGGACGGGGUGCGCACGGACACGCCGAUGGGCCUGCUGCGCGGCAUCAAGUACGGCACCGAGAGCUACCACGUCCUCUUCAAGCGACUCUGCAGCUACGCCGGCCUCCACUGCGUGGUCAUCAAGGGCUACAGCAAGUCGGCCGGCUACCAGCCCGGAGUGAAGUUCGAGGACAACCGCUUCAGGAACUCGUGGAACGCCGUCUACGUGGCCGGCGCCUGGCGUUUCGUGCAGUGCAACUGGGGAGCGCGGCAUCUCGUGAACGCCAAGGAGGUCCCCAAGCCGGGCAACAAGAACAAGUCGGACAGUCUGCGGUACGAGUACGACGACCACUACUUCCUGACGGACUCGAAGGAGUUCAUCUACGAGUUUUUCCCGCUGCAGCCCGAGUGGCAGCUGCUCCGUCACCCCAUCACCCUGCAGGAGUUCGAGGAGCUGCCGUUCGUCCGCUCGCUCUUCUUCCGAUACGGACUGUGCUUCCCGGACGAGGAUACCAAGGCAGUCAUGCACACCGACUCCACAGGCGCGGCCACGAUCCGUAUCGGGAUGCCGACGCACAUGCAGUCGUCACUGAUCUUCCACUACAACCUCAAGUUCUACGACAACGACGGCGACACCUACGAGGGCGUCAGCCUCAAACGCUUCGUCAUGCAGUCUGUGGUGGGCAACAUGGUGGCGUUCCGAGUCCACGCGCCCACCAGCGGCGCGCUACUACUGGACAUUUUCGCUAACGCCGUCACUCCGCGCGAGUACCUGACCGGCGAGCCGAUGAAGUUCAAGUCGGUCUGCAAGUUCAAGAUCGUGUGCCGGGACCUGCAGACGGUGAUGGUGCCGCUGCCCGACUGCGCCAGCGGAGAGUGGGGGCCCAUGAAGGCCAACAGGCUGUUCGGCCUGAUCCCGGUCACCCACCCGGACGCGCUCAUCUUCUGCAACCGGGAGCUGGAGGUGCAGUUCCGCAUGUCGCGGCCGCUCACCGACUUCAUGGCCACGCUGCACCGAAACGGCACCGAGGAGAAGCGACUGGGCAAGUACGUGAGCCACAGCGUCAGCGGCGAGCUGGUCACCUUCCGCAUCGCCUUCCCCGAGGAGGGCCAGUACGGCUUGGACGUGUACACGCGCGAGGUGCAGCGCGGCGAGAGCGAGAACAACGAGAAACACCUGCUGACGCACUGCUGCAAGUACCUCAUCAACUCGUCCAAGAAGAACUGAGCCGGCAGGAGAGGGUGACGAAAUGGUUUGAGGACUGGGUCAGAUGACCCGACGGGAGAUGGUUGUGCGCUGAUGGUUGUGCGGCGACUGCUGAGUCGCCGGCCGCUUAGUGCGAGGAGUCGAGUGUUACAGUGACCAGAGGCAGUGGUAUCGAGUGUCACGAUGUCGAGUGUCGCGGUGACGAGAAACACGUGUCGUGUGUCGAGUGUCACGGUGACCGGGGACGCGGCGAUCGCCCAGUGACCUGCAGACACGGUCAGAUAAAGCGUCUGGGGCCCGGUAACGCCGCUGUGAUCAGAGGGACCGCCGAGCGGCUGGCCCGCCGGAGCAGGGAGACCCGGCGUCCUGACGGCCCUGGGCAGGCCCCGGAUCCUUCCCAGUGACCAAGAACACUCGUCCCCCGUCAGUCGUCAGUAUUGUGAAACGGCUGGGCCAGGCGAUAGACAGCGGCGACCGGACUACCGCCGAGAAACUAAAGGCCCCCAGAGCCUGCUUCCGAGUCAGCCUUCCACGGGUGGACAGGAGACAGACGUCCGUCCACCGUCCAGCGGUCUGGCGAGCCGCCCACUGUGUAUUGUGCGUAAACGCGUGUGAUUCACGCGUCAUGCGUGCCGACGCGACACACAGCCCAGACGAGAAAGAACACACCUUCCAUUUUCAGGAUUGACAUGUUGAAUGCGCGCUUUGGUACCAAGUGGAGUGAGAUCGCGGAGUGUGAGUCACGGUUUGACCGGUGUGGUCUUCCAUGGGCGAUCUGUUGAACUGUUGGUGCAGGCAGCCCGUCGGCGGCUUGCUGCCUAAUGCCCAUCCCACGGGACCAGUCUGUGCGAACUUUGUGUCAGGGAGUGACGUGCUGGAUGAACUAUGUUUUAGGGCUACACGAGAGCAGUGUUUAUGAUUAUAAUGAGGCUUGGUUGGUUGUUGGCACCGGCUGCGUGAAGGUUCCGGCAGCUUCACGAGCUGGUCACCGCGGUGGGCCGAAUUCCGACCCAUGAUUGUUGAGUUUUAGCCCCACGAUUCGGUGAUAAUUUCAGUCAGUUACGCCGGGUCGUGCCGUUAUUUUCACUCCGAUGUCCGCCCGGCGCUCUUCCGCUCUUGGUUCAGCGACUGAUCCACCACUGCUAACGCCAGUUGUUUUCGUUACGUGGACUGUCUCACUCUGCGCCGAGCGACAAAGCUUUGUGCUCGGUCAGUGCGUGACCACACCGGCCGGCCGGCCUGUCGACGGGAGGCAGACGUCGACCCGCACCCGCGUCCCCGGCCCCUCUUCUCUUGUUUACCGACAGUGGUGACGGUGAGAGCGCGGGUCUCUAUUUAAUAUUUAAUGUAAGCCGCUGCCUACACACCGAUAAACCGUGCUUGUCAGUUGCACGCCCGUAGCGGACUGAAAGGUGCUCUUCCCGUGCGGCGGCCGCAUGGACGGACUAGGCUUGUGCGGGUUGUAAAUUAUCGAGACUGUCCUGAAAGUCCUGGCCUGGAACGGCCGGAUUAUAGUAUUCAAAUGUAUCCACUGAAAUAAACACUGCAUAAGAUGAA